GAAGCGCAACGGUGGGGCCCUCAAUCGGUUGAAGCCAAGGCCAAAGCUCAAAGCUCAAAUAUUCAUGGGAAACAUAAAUGCGCGAGAAUGGCAAAACGACUGGCAGCAGACCAAAUGUUGACUGUUGUUAGUCGAGUAGAGACCGCUCUUCAAAGUGGGAAUGCUCACAGAAUAAAUAUAUAUACACAACUAGCUAGAUAAAUAUGUAAAAUAAUUAAGAGACCUGAAAAAGUUAAAUUUAAGACAAGUUUUGCAUUUUAAGAUGAACCAAAAUUAACAUACAACACAAACUGUGAUAGUGCAAUAGAAUAGAAUAGAACUUUAAAGCAACUAGUGUGCCCAGCGUCUGUGAAAUACCCGCCCGCACCUUGGUCACACUGCCGCAAAAUGCAUAUCUGUCUAGUUGCCGCGAAUAUGCACGCAGCUGAGCUUUAAUCCGCCCGAGAAGAUGACACUAAUUGGGCCGCGGUCAACGUUGAGUGUGUUUAGCGUUUUGGGUUCGGUGUUUUGGGUUAGUUUUAUGUUUUUAGUGGGCCGCAUUUGGGUAUUCAGUGUCAGUUUCGCUCGGUUCUUCGGCCACAACUGACGACUGUUGAAUCCGUUGAUUCCGAAUCCGUGUGUGUGUGGGCUUUUCACCUGUCGAAAGGUGCGAAUUAGUAUGACACCGCCCCGGCUGAGUCGCUAUUUGAUGGCAGUGCGUGGUGGGCGUGAUGGGGAGCAGCACAGCAAGAACUCGCAGACCGACGAAGAGAAGCAGCGCGAUCGACAGCGAAACGAGCGCGAGGCCAAAAAGGAAGAGCAGGACGCCAUCAACUACAAGCGCGACAAGGAGCAACGCGAGGCCCGUCUGCUGGACUUUGAGAUACGCCGCCAGCAGAAGCGGGACGAGCAGCAGCAGCAGCGCCAGCAGCAGCAGCAACUGCAGCAGCACCGCGAGCAGCAGCAGCAGCAGCAGCAACACCAGCGCGAGCAGCAGCAGCAGCACCGCGACCAGCAGCAACAUCAGCAGUCCAGCGAAAAGAGUCCGCCCACCUCCUCCGCCGCCGCCGCAGCCGCCGCCGCUGCCGCCCACCAAACGCAUCCUCAUCCGCAGCAGCAGCAGCAGCAGCAGCAGCAGCAGCGACAGCACUUGCAUCUGCAGCAGCAACACCUGCAACACCAGCAGCAGCAGCAACAACAGUCAACGGGCAGCGGCAGCAGCAACACACCCGUGACCCCCAAGUUGCAGACACCGCCCCCCGAUCGAUCGCUGCCCCCCGCCUUUCGAAGCCGCUCCAUCGAGCGGGAGAUUCUCUACGAGCGGAAGCGAUUCUCGCAGCCGGAAGCCGGCGAGAUCAAGGUUUUCCAUCACUAACCAUCCACCCAAAAAUCCACCAACCACCCAUCACCCAUCACGCCCAUCCAUCCAACCCACCUGCACCUGCCAGCGACAUAUUUUUUUAUUUUUUCGGAAGGUGGACAAAAGAUUCGGUCUAUUGUCGUAAAAAAUCAUCCCACUAAUUUUACAUGGUUUUUUUAAGAUUAUUUACAACACAAUUCAUAGCAACAGAAUUUUGUAGGUGGAUACCAACCUUGGAUCAUGUUAUAUGAGUUUUCUUUUCUUGUACAUUUUGUUAUUAUUGAUACAAAUAUUAUUGUUUAUUAA